AUGCCUGCUAAUGGGAACCGUCCACUGAAGUUGCAGUUUGGUCUAAUCAACCACGAGGGUCGCUACCUCACUGCUGAGUCCUUUGGCUUCAAGGUGAAUGCAUCAGCACCAAGUUUGAAGAAGAAGCAGAAAUGGACUCUAGAGCAAGACUCACAGGAUACCCAGGUGGUCUACUUGCGCAGCCACCUGGGACGCUACCUUGCCUCUGACAAGGACGGCAGAGUCACCUGUGAGGCUGACGGGCACAAUUCCGACUGCCGCUUCCUAAUCGUGGCUCAGUCAGACGGUCGCUGGGCCCUGCAGUCUGAGCAGCACCUCCGCUUCUUCGGUGGGUCUCGGGACUACCUGUCCUGCUUUGCCCAGUUAAUCACAGAUGCCGAGCUGUGGGCAGUUCACCUGGCUCUGCAUCCGCAGGCCAACCUGCUGUCGGUGGCCCGCAAACGUUAUGCCCACCUCUCUAUGGAGGAUGGUGAAAUCGCUGUGGAUGUGAACAUUCCCUGGGGGGUGGCAUCGCUCCUGACCCUUGUCUACCUGGACGGGAAGUACUGCAUUAAGACCUGCGACAGCCGCUUCCUUAGCAAUGACGGGAAGCUCUUGAUGGAGAAUGGGAGGGCCACAGCGUACACACUGGAGCUAAAGUGUGGGAAGCUGGCCUUUAAAGACUGUGAGGGGAAGUAUUUGUCCCCCAUGGGGCCUACAGGCACCCUGAGGUCUGGACGGUGUUCCAAGCCGGGCAAAGAUGAACUGUUUGAUCUUGAGGAGAGCCACCCACAGGUGGUUCUGAUGGCAGCCAAUGGGCGAUAUGUCUCCAUAAGACAAGGAGUAAGCCUCGCAGCCAAUCAGGAUGAUGAGACGGACAUGGAGACGUUUCAGAUGGAGAUUGACAAGGAAACCAAGAAAUGUACCUUCCGCACCAGCCAAGGAAACUACUGGGCUCUGGUGGCCCACGGAGGCAUCCAGAGUACUGCCACUGAAGUGUCAGCAAACACCAUGUUUUCAGUGGAGUGGCUCGGCCACAAGGUGGCACUAAAAGCUAACAAUGGAAAAUACAUCUGCACUAAGAAGAACGGCCAGCUGCUGGCUGUCAGUGAUUCCACAGGUCCUCCCUCAAACCCAUCCUCUGACUCCUCUAGUGUUUCCUAUGAUGUGUCUCCAUCAUUCUGCUGUCACCCUUUGCCAGGCGAGGACGAGCAGCUCACUUUAAAACUGAUCAACCGACCCAUGCUGAUCCUGAGAGGAGAGAACGGAUUCAUCUGCCACCACAGGAGCUCCAACACACUGGACGCCAGCCGAUCAGUCUAUGACAUUUUCACCCUGCAGUUCAGUAAUGGGGCCUACCAUAUUAAAGGUGUGGACGGCCGGUUCUGGUACGUGAACAGUGCUGGGCUGGUGUGCUCUGACGGCGAGGUCCCAGAAGAUUUUUCCCUUGAGCUCCUUGAGCCCGGUCGCCUCGCAAUCCGUGGCAAGAACGGCAAAUACCUGCGUGGAGACCAGGGAGGCACGCUGAAAGGAGACGGACACAGCCUGAGCAGCUCAGCCCUGUGGGAGUAUUGAUUCAAUCCAGUAUUAGUCCUAACACGAAACCUGACAAUGACUCUUCUCGUUGUUGACUUGACUCUGGUGAAACACAGUUACUCAUCAGCCUGUACGCAUUGCAUCCCACUUUUUUUCCUCCUUCCUGUUACAAAGAGGUGGUCACAGUGAGCUUGCAGGGAUGACUGACCCAUAAGGGGGGAGAAGGUGAAAGAAGAGGAACUGAUUCAGCCAAGAAACGUCUUGACGACGUGAACUUUUGAGUCGGUGCUUGAUCUGGAAACAGCAGAAUUAGUGUGAAUGAACUUCAGAGUGUUCGUGUUAUUCAUUUAGAUUUGUUUUCUCCAAUGAUCAUCUGCUGUAAAAUGUAAGUAAAGGUGCAAUAUGUAAGAAUUGUGGCUGAAAACAUUUAAAACUAUUAUAGUAUAUUUAACAUGCUAACCAGCUAGCCCACUCCAAGUAUAAAACUCCUGUGCUAGCUAUGUAAACACUCCACUGGUGCUUCAUGCUCCCAGUCAGGACUGCUAGCUGCACGGCUAAUUGAGCUAACUAGCUAAUGGCAGCUUCAGUUAGCAGGAGUUACUCCCAUGACAUGCUGCUGUCUAUUUACUCUGAGUUGGAAUUCUUACAUAAUACACCUUUAACAAUUGUUUGAUGCUAAACUACAGAUUGAAGAUAUUGUUUUUUCAAUAAAGACCUGUAGAUGUAUACAGUAAAACCAAACAUCAGUGUGACAUGUCAGCCAGGCUUUACAUUAUUUACAGCAGGACAACAGAAGUGGUCAAACAGGUGUGUAAUGACACUCAUCUAGCUGAAGAAGUAGC